AUGGACAAUUAUUUGUUAUCAGGAGGCGAUUUGCUCUCUAGUGAAAACCAAGUACUCUCUGGUCCAAUUUCGCAUACUUUGACACCAAUUGUUACCGGUAGUUCAGUUAUUGCAUUAGAGUAUCGAGAUGGUGUUAUGAUGGCAGCUGAUAAUUUGGCUUCUUAUGGCAACCUUGCACGUUUCAAGGAUGUUGAGCGAAUUUGUCCAAUUGAAGAAUAUUAUACAAAUGAUAGCCACACUCUUUCUGCACCUCAUAUUUAUGAAUUCUUAAGUAAAGUAAUGUACAAUAGAAGAUCACAAUUCAAUCCACUUUGGAAUUCAUUUAUAGUGGGAGGAUAUCACAAAGGAGAAAAAUUUCUUGGACAUACUGAUUUACUUGGAACAACAUUUAAAGCAACAACAAUCUCAACGGGUUUUGGAGCUCAUUUGGUACAACCUAUCCUUCGUAAUGCUGUUGAAGGUCGUGAAGAUACACUUACAGAAGAGGAGGCAAUUACAGCUAUAGACAAUUGUAUGAAAGUAUUAUAUUAUAGGGAUACUCGUAGUUUAAAUAAAUUUCAACGUGCAAAAAUAACAGAACAAGGUUUUGAAAUAACUCAACCUUAUUCUGUUGCGACGGAUUGGAAAUAUGCAGAAGGAAUUAGAGGUUACGGCGCACAAGUCGACUAG